AUGUCCUACAACGGCAUCGGCCUGCCGACGGCUCGAGGAACCGGGACAAACGGCUACAUCCAAAAGAACCUCUCGCACGUCCGGCCUCGUGAUGACUACCGAUCCAAGAAGACCGACAGCUGGCGGGACGACAAGGCCAAGCAGCGGGAACCGGAUGCAGGUAUUCUCGAGCAUGAGCGGAAGCGCAAGGUCGAGGUUGGCUGCAUGGAGCUGAGGAUCAAGCUCGAGGAUGAAGGAUUCGGCGACGCUGAGAUUGAAGAACAGGUCCAGGAACUGAGAAAGACGCUGCUCGCCCAGUUCGAGAGGCAGCCAGCAAUCUUUGGUGGACCGACGAGGCAAGAGACAAAGGCGCUGCGUCCCUCAGAUGUACAUGCACUGGGCGCCGCCAAGCGCGCCGAGACGGAGAGCAUGCAACGUGCGCUGGGCAUCAGAGAAGGGUACCGCGAAGGCGAUGCAUUCGAUCGCGAUCUGCAGGAGAAGCUCAAGCAGGAGCGCAUCGAGGAGCGCAAGCGGCGG